AUGCAGUUGUCCUAUUCCAAUGAUGUUCGGAUAUAUAACUUGAGUGCUGGAAAAUCUGUACCUGAGUGGAUAUCAAGUCGUCAGAGAAGGAAAUUGGAACGGAAGGAUAUCGACAUUCGCAGGCGAAUCCAGUUGAUUCAAGAUUUUGAGAUGCCUGAUCUCAGUCACACAGUUGAUGUAACUCCAGACGGACGUUACGUGUUUGCUACAGGUACUUACAAACCGUAUGUAAAAUGUUUCGAUUUGAACGAAAUAUCUUUGAAGUUCUGCAGAGGUUUGGACGCGGAUGUAGUAAAAAUGAUUGUGCUAAGUAGUGACUAUUCAAAGUUUGUUUUGUUAGAAGAGGAUCGGUACUUGGAAAUGCAUGCAGCAUUUGGACGGUACUUUCGCUUACGAAUCCCCCGGUGCGGUCGUGACAUGGCAUUUUGUCACGAAGCUAGUGAUUUGAUGAUAGUGAGUAGUGGUAACGAAAUUUACCGGUUAAACCUCGAGCAGGGACAGUUUCUUACACCAUUUAUUUCUUCUUCACCAUCUUUAACGUGCUGUGACAUAAGUGACCAGCAUCAGUUAUUCUUAUGUGGAACUGCCGAUGGACGUGUUGAAGCAUGGGAUCAUAGAGACCGCCAACAGGUAGCAAUCCUCGACUGUGCUGCAGAUGCUGGAGUAGAUGAUCGUAAUCGAAGGAAGUUACCUCAAAUAUCGGCCCUCAAGUACAAAGACGCUUUGCACUUUGGAGUUGGAUGCAGUACUGGCAGUGUUCUUUUAUAUGAUAUUCGAUCUAGCCGACCGUUAUUAGUAAAGGAUCAUCAAAUGGAAUUGCCAAUUAGAAAAAUAGAGUUUGUUCCUGAUCUUGAACUUGUGCUAAGCAUGGAUUCUCGUGUGCUUAAAAUGUGGAACGAAGAGUCGGGGAAACCCUUUGCUGCUAUAGAACCAGGAAAUUGCCUACUUGAUUUAUGUCGAUAUCCAUCCUCAGGUGUUCACCUAGAGUUAGUCAAGCUUUUUAGUGCUCUGUUUUCUUCUAAUGGAGCUGUAGUUUAUUUAGGCCUUUUAUUCAUGGCAAACGAGGCACCGAAAAUCUUGCAAUACUUUGUUCCGGCUCUCGGGACGGCACCGAAGUGGUGUUCUUAUUUAGAAACUAUCACUGACGAGCUAGAAGAAACUGAUCAGCCUGCAGUUUACGAUGACUACAAGUUCGUUACUGCAAAGGAGUUGGAAGACUUGGACCUUGAUGUGUCUGUUUUAAAAAGAAUGAACAUGCUUCGCGCAUACAUGCAUGGUUAUUUUAUUGAUGCAAGGUUAUAUGUCAAAUCAAAGGCUGUAAAGCAGCAGUUUGACUUUGAAAAAUUCAAAGAGAAGAAGGUAAUGGAGCAGAUUGAAGCGGAGAGGUCUAAUCCAUUUUCAUUGAAAAAAGUAAGGGAAGAUAAAUUACCAAAAGUUAACAGGGAGCUAGCGGUGAAGCUUCAAGAAGAAAUGAAUAUGUCUAAAGAGGGAGUGAAUAGCAGAUGGAGAAAAAAGGCUGAAGAAGCAACAACUGUACUUGAGGAUGAACGGUUUAAAGGCUUAUUUACAAAUCCUGAUUUCCAAGUGGACGAAAACAGUGAGCAUUACCAACAGACACAACAGGCUAUUCUAAAGUUUAAAGCCAAAAAGUUGCGACUGGCGAAAAAGAAUGGGGUUUCUGAAAGUUCUUCAGAAAAUGAGGACUUUCCUCAAAGCGGCUUGUUUAUGGAAGAUCCUAACUUGGGAGAUAAGGAGUCAAGCGAGAGUGGGAUUAGCGAAGGAGAUGAUGAUGAAGAAGAGGAGACAUCGGUUGACGGGGAACCUGGAAAUAGCAAAGUUAAACAGUUUGAAGAGGAUUCAAAGGGUGAAGAAGGUGAUAAAGAUUCGGAGGACAAGAAAUUACUUGAUGCAGAGGUGAGGAAAGCGAGGAAACCAAAGAGUUUUGAAUUGAUUGAGUUAGACGCUGGUGAAGACGUUGCUCAGUUCGUAAAGACAAAUGAGUCCUUAGAGAAUUCUACGGAUACUUUGGGUUUGUUGCGGAAACAAAUGAAAGAAAUUAACGGAGAAGUGAAACAGGUGAACGCUUUUGGCAGCCGUCAGUUAACUUUUGUGCUCAAAGGACGUGGAAACUCAAGCGUGAAUGAAGGAGCUUUAGAAAAACAAGCUCAACAUUUAAGAGAGAGAAAGCAGGCUAGACGGGAUGUACGUCCAAUAAUUAGAACUUUGAAAAGGUUGCCUACAAGAGGGGGUUUUAAGGGAGUUAGACGACGAAGAUAG